GUGCCGCACCUAGUGCUCACCUGCGCCCCGUUCCGCGUUCUAUGCCUAGUGGCGCUUCACCCCUGACCCCUGCCUGCCUCGGAGGGUCCCCACAGAUCCAGACGGUCUCCAGACCCAUACGCCCCUGCUCUGCGGUCCUCGGACCCCUAGUCAUCCCACGGGACCCCUCACGGGACCCUCACGCGCGCCGGCCGCACUCGGACCCGGAAACUACUACUUCCGCCGCAGCCGGCCGGGCGACGCCGCCAUGCCCUCGUUCGGGGAGCUGGUGCGCGACUGGCAGAGGGGUGCGCAGGCCGUGGAGCGCGGGGACUGGGGCUGCGCCCUGCGCCUCUUCGCCGGCAUCCCGGACCCGCCCGCCAGGAUGUGCUUCAACGUGGGCUGUGUGCACCUGCUGGCCGGCGACCCUGAGGCCGCGCUGCGGGCUUUUGACCAAGCGGUGACCAAGGACAUCUGCAUGGCUGUCGGCUUCUUCCAGCGAGGAGCGACCAACUUCCUGCUGGAGAGGUUCCAGGAGGCCCUGUCUGACUUCCGGCUGGCGCUGGCACAGCUCAGGGACAACAACGCCAUCGACUACACGCAGCUGGGCCUGCGGUUCAAGCUGCACGCCUGGGAGGUGCUGUUUAACAUGGCAGCAGCUCAGUGCAGGCUGGGGCUCUGGGCAGAGGCCACCCGCAGCCUAGAGGAAGCCAUUGCCAAGGGGCCAGAAGGGGCCUGCGACCUGAACACUGCCCUGGGCCAAGUGCAGAAACAGGCCUCUCUGCAGCCUCGGUGGGUCCCCAGGGGCGAGGUCUUCCGGCCCCACAGGCGACACCUGGAGCACCUGGCCCCUAUGGAUUUCCUGGGCAAGGCCAAGGUGGUGGCGGCGGCCUCUGCUGUCCCCGACGACCAGCACAGGGGCGUCCGGCCUCAGCAGCUCCAGGUUCUGCGUGAGGACGGUGGAGCCGGGCCCAGGGCUGGCCCCAGGACUCACGGCGUGGGCCCCGGUAGAGCUGGCCCCCACCUUGGCCCCAGGACACCCCCCAGCACAGAGAUGGAGGUCAGCUUUGGUCAGGCGGAGCGGGCUGACCUAUGCAUGCCGGUCACCUGCGACAAGCAGGGGUCCCGCACAGAGCAAGCUGAUGAUCAGGUUCCUCCAGGUAGGGGUGUCCUGAGAGCAGAGGUGGGUGACGCUGGCAGCUCCUCCCUGGUCACUCAGGCCCUGCUGCAUCCCCCCACAGAGCUGCCAGCUGCUGGGGGCCCAGACCCGGAACCCUCUGAGGACUGCCCCGGUGGGGGAGUGGCCCCAGGGGGCUCCGAGCCCCUGGUGACCAUCAUGGUGCAGUGCGCCUUCACCCUGGCCCUGAGGGCCCCAAGAGGAGCGGCCCCGCCCACCCUGCGGGCUCUGCUGAGCCAGGCCCUCCCUCUCCAGGCCCAGCGUGGGCAGCUCAGUUACCGAGACCCCGGUUCUGGGCUCUGGGUCCCCCUCCCCGAGGAGGGGGCGCUGCCGACGGCCUGGUGGGAGUCGGCGUCUGGCCCAGCAGGGCUGCGGCUGCAGUGCCGGGGUGCGGGUGGCCGGCCCAUCCUCUACCAGGUGGUGGCCCAGCACGGCUACCCUGCCCAGGGGCCUGAGGACCUGGACUUGCAGCCGGGGGACAUUGUGGACGUCCUGUGUGAAGUGGACCAGGCGUGGCUGGAGGGCCACUGUGACGGCUGCUUCGGCAUCUUCCCCAAGUGCUUCGUGGUCCCCGCCUGCCCCCGGACCCAGCGAGGUCAGCCCUGAGAGGCCCUU